GAAACGGCAAGAAGUUUCGAUACGGCGCAGGCCAAGGUGGAGUCCCGGCUCUACUCGCUGGAGGACGCCAUCGCGCUGGUCCAGAGCAUCCGGUUCGCGAAUUUCGACGAAUCUGUCGAGAUGGCCAUGCGCCUCGGCGUCAAUCCCAAGCACGCGGACCAGAUGGUGCGCGGAACCGUCGUGCUGCCGCAUGGGCUCGGACGCAGCAAGCGGGUGCUGGUCAUCGCGGGUCCCGACAGGCAGCAGGAAGCCACGGACGCCGGCGCCGACACGGUCGGCGGCGAGGAACUGGUGGCGAAGAUCCAGGGCGGCUGGAUGGGUUUCGAUGCGGUCGUAGCCACGCCGGACAUGAUGCGCGCGGUCGGCAAGCUGGGGCGCAUUCUGGGACCGCGCGGGUUGAUGCCCAAUCCGAAGACCGGCACCGUCACCACGGCGGUGGCGAAGGCGGUGGGCGAGAUCAAGGCGGGCAAGGUCGCGUAUCGCGUCGACAAGGCCGGCGUGGUCCAACGCCCGAUCGGCAAGGCGUCGUUCGCCGCGGAGUCGCUCGUCGCCAACGCGUACGCACUGGCGACGAGCGUGAUAAGCGCCAAGCCCGCGGCGGCGAAGGGCCGGUAUCUAAGGAGCAUCACGGUGUCGUCAACGAUGGGGCCGGGGGUGCGUAUCGAUAGUACCGGCGUCGAGAUGGCCACGCGGUCAUAG